AUGUUAUCAAAGGAUACUGGUCAAUUGUUUUUGAAGGUUGAACGAGGAAAGAAACCUAAUGUUCAAGUUUACGAGGAGGAACGAAAAAUUAAAGUAAUAGUACCAUAUGAUCAAUCGACAAAAUGGCCAAUAAUCCAUGCACGUAUGUCAGGUGGUUUGACAAUUUCGGUACAAAGACUGCAACAACAAUACAAGAUUACUGUUCAGCACAACUUGCAAAGAAAACCUGACGUUAGCGUUUAUAUUAAUACUUCGGGAUGUGAUGGCGAUUUGAAAACGUGUGUCCGCGAUAUGAGCACACAGCUGGAGCACAUUGGAGUUGCUGGACCUAAUUUAGAGAUUAGCGGUCGAAUAAAAGCGAUGAAAGUAUCUUUCGAAUCAACCGUUGGUGCUUUACAUACGAAUGCGAAAUUACAAGCUAACUCUGUGACAAUAAGCGCCCAACACGUUUUUAUACAACCGGAAGCUAUUUAUUUCUGUUCAAAAAUCCGGAUAUUUUCACGUCACGUACAAAUCGACGGUCGUAUAAGUGGCUAUAAUGAAGAUUCAAAGAUUAUGACUGUUAAUGUUGAAUCAUCAGUUUUGCAUCUAGGAGUUGAUGCAGUAAUAGGUUCAUUGAAAGCAAAGGAUAAAUCGACGAACAAAUCGCUUGAUAGAAAUGUUGAUGUCCUACUAUUCCAUUUAUCAGGUAAUCUCGCUAAUUUUGGUCGAAUCAGCUCAAAAAGUGAACUAGAAUUUCGGAUCGGUGGAAGUAUUUUAUCUCUCAAGGAUGGUCAUAUAGAUAGUGCUGUUAGAGGGUACGCAGCGCUGAAACAGAUCAAAGGCGUAGUUAGUGACAUAUCAGAUUCCUUACCAACAAGCAGCACAUUGAUUUCAGCAAUAGUGAGUCAGGAUCCAGAUGCUGUAGCGCAGCUACUAGAGAACGGUGUCGAUCCAAACGAUUCUAUUGGAGAUCAGCUAAAAGUUUGUAAUCCACGGAAAAUAGCUGCAAUGAAAUAUGAAGAAAUGAGAAUUACAGAGCUGAGGAACAAAAUGCGAGAAAAAAUUACUUUAAUUCAAGCACUAAUGAGUACUCAUGAAUGGCGACGUGGAACCAUUAAAUCAGCCUUAAUUGUUGCAAGUGUUGGUCGGGAUUGUGCGGAUUGUGCGCAGUUUCGAGCUUCAAACUUAUUCUUGACAGUUCGUGGAUUCGCCAAAUGUGAAGAAGAUUCAAUUUGGGCCAGCGGUCAAGUAAAGCAUCAUAAUAUUGAAAUCAGUUGUGCAGGAAAUGUUGUUACAAUAGAGGAAGGAAUCAUCAGUCAAAAACAUUGUGCACAUAUUAAAGCGGUGUCAUUCGUUUGUGCUGGAAUUUGGUCAGUUGGUGAUGAAAUUAAAAUGGAAUUUCAAUCAGCAACGUUUCUGAAAAAUUCAUUCAUUGAAGUUGAUUUGUUAAGUUGCAACAUUGAAGAAAGCUGUCAUCUUGGAGGAACGUGGCAAGUCGGUUCAUUAAAAGCAUCUUUAGGAGAAAAUUUAUUGCUUUUACCAACUGGAAAAGUAUUAGUCGAUGAGAUUGCUGAUGUCGAUGCUAUGACUUUCAACUGUAAUGGUUUUUGGAGGGUGAAUGCGUCGAAUAAUUUGAAACUAAAAGCUUAUCUGAACAUAUUUCCAUCUGCAGAGAUGAUAGUUGGAAUAAUGAAAUUAUUUAUCGAAGGAUAUUGUUCCAUAGCUGGUUAUUUAGCUGCUGAAAAUAUUUUGGCAUAUGUAAGAAAAGAAAUGAAGACUACAUCUACAGGUGGGGUGAAUAUCAAAGUCCGAGGAACUAUUAUUGCGGGUGCUUUCAGGAAUAAUAGUAAUUGGCAUUCUGAAGGCAACCUUACGUUAAAUUUGGCUUGCUGUGAACAGUCUGAAGAUGCGAUAAUUAUGGCUAAACACACGUUAAAUCUGUCGAUUUACGACGAUUCAGAAGAAGAUUGUUGUGGACGAUUUUUUGCCGGAAACUGUAUUAUCAAAGCAGCAAAAAAAGUUCGAAUUGAUGGUUAUAUUCGAGUGAAUCAUAUGGAAAUCACUAUUCCUUACCUGAAUGAAUCUUGCUUUACUUUAGGUGGCCAACUUGAAAUACUCAGUGGCCCAUUAAUAUUGAAAGGCAAAAGCGAACUUUACGAAGUGCCAUCCAGUGUUCCGCAUCCAUUUCCUGCAUUUAUUUUAGAAGGUCAACUGAAGGCUGAAGCUAUAAUUGCUCCUUUCUUGUCAGUGCGAUUCAAUAGUGCAUCUUAUGCUUUAUUAAGUGGUAUAGAAUCGAUUAUAAAUGCUGAUUAUCGAACAAUGAUUUCCGCAGGAUAUCUGCAUACAAUGCGUGCCUCAUUAAUCGAUUCAUGCUCUAAAGAUAAUUAUCCAGAAGCAAUUUUAUGCGCUACUACUUGGUUUCAUGAGGGUCACGUUCGAUUUCAUGGUGAGAUGGUGCAUUUAGUUUUGGAUACUCUUAUUAAUUGGGGACGUUUAGCGAAUGAAGGUAAAUUGCAGAAUCAUAUGAAAAAUGUUCGCGUUUUCGUGGAAAAUUAUUUCAAAAACGAGUCAGUUUUCUCCGCUAAUAAAAUUGAUAUAAAUGGAAACGGUAAGCUUGAGAAUAAGAAUCGAAUAUUUGCUGUUGAUUCGAUGAAUAUACAAUUAUCGAAUUUCUCAAAAGCUGAUGAAUAUUUAUCGACAAAAAGUAUAAAACUUUUAUCAGUAAGUAAUGAAUGUUCAAAAAUGAAUAAUAGCAGAACUGAAGAGAAAGAGAAUCUUGAAUUGUCAGAAUCAAAGUUAUUUAAUGUUAUGAAAAGGUUUGGAUUAAACCACCAGAUUCGUAUUAAUGCACAAGCCGAACUUCUUAUAAGUAGUGAUGUUAAAAAUGAUGUUGGAAAUUUGGCUUUAGCUGCUCGUGAAGUUAUUAUUUUUGAAUCACAGUUUAUUGUUGAUAAUCUUGAGUUAACUCUCGGUCCAUCUUACGAAACGGAAAUAAUAAUUAGAAAGGGUAGUAAUAUUUGUUCUAAUCAACUACGACUAACUGGCACAUGCAAAUAUUUGACAUUUAAAAUUUAUGGUGAACUGAACUGUGAAUCGAUUAUAUGCGAAGAGUCAUUGAAAAAUAUACGAAUUCUUGGCCCAGGUUCGAUAAUUUGUCGUCGAUCAUUUAAUGCUAGCAGCGAAACGAUUUCAUUUUUAAUCAAUCAAAUACAGAUUCUCGAAUUUCUUUGUAAUUCAAUAAAAUUUAUUCCCAAAAAUUGCUCGAAAAUUAAUGCAGUUGAUGAAUCAAAAACACUUACAGUAUAUGCAGAUGAAGUUCACUUCAGCGGUAUUUUAAUAGUUGAACCAAGGAUAAACCUAAAGUGCAAUAGUGGAAGUGUACAUAUUGUUGGUGAGCUUACAGGAAUGACGGCAAAAAGCGAGCUAUGUAUUGAAUGUGGCGAUCUUUUGCUUGAUGGUCAUUUGAGUAAUUUUGACUUUUUAGAAAUCUACGCCAGAAAACGUAUAGAUUAUUGCCCAAUGGCAACUAUCAAGAAUUCAAGAAAUAUUGCUAUGGAGGCUGCAUAUAUCAUAUUUUGCGGAACUUCAACCGAAUGCAGAUCAUUAACAGCGACUGCAGAUGAAAUUGUUAUUCGGGGAACAUUGUCAGGACAUGACAUUGUUUGCGAUUGCGCAUUUUUCGCAAAAGUUAUUCGAUUCGAAGGUUUUGCCAAUCGCAUUUCUAAACUCGAACUAAACAGUGACGAUGUUUAUGUUGCUGGUACGUUAAAACGUAUUAAUUUGUUUGAAAUUGAUUCGAAAUUUGUUCGCUGUGGCGCAGAAAUUCUCGAAUGCAACAACCUAAAAAUUGUCGGAAGUUUAUUAAUCCUUGGUGGCAGAAUACGUAUUGAUUCACUGGUUUGUUUCUCAGUGGAAUCAGCUAUUGUUUGUGGACAUCUUUUCGUAGCUGAAAGUGCUCAGCUAUGGGCCUCUUUUGUAGUUUUUCUUGGUGAUAAUAUCUCAGUUCCGCAGAAAACAGAAAUUAAUGCAGUUUUUUGGGUUACGAAUCAACAAAAUUUGCUCAUUAAUCGAGACAAAAUCAACAUGAAUAUCCUCAUCGACAGUAACGCUACUAAUAAGAUUUUUAGGCAUGAGCUGGAAUCAUUUAUGCGUCUAAUAAAAAUGUUUGAAAAUGUAUUCAAUUCAUCAAUUGAUGAUUUUCGGCAAACACAACUACAUUCGGAACAAUGUUCAGUUCUUGAAUCAAUUAAUCAAUCACUUCCUGUUGACUGUGAAUUUGCAACAAUGUUGCAAGAGAUUGUUGAAAUUACGACCUACCAGCAUGUACGGAUAUUCAACAUUCGUAAACUUAUUAAGGUUUUGCGUGAUUCCUUUAGUCAGCUUCAGAUCGAUGAAGAUAUGACGCAUUACAAACAAAAUGAGAGAUUUAUGGCUGAAUCAGUUGUAGCACUAUUGAAUCGACUAUUCACAUAUUCUAAAAAACAUACUAAUGAGACAAAUACUCCAAAAUUGUCAGAUGAUGAUGGAGGUUAUGUGAGCCGAAGUUCGAGCGAGGAUAUUGAAGAACGACAAGAAAUUUCAAGCAUCAGAUCGACUUUGUGUGAGCAACCGUUAAUGAAGACGCACUGUCAGCAGAUCGAUGAAUUGAUGGAAAUUUAUAAAAAUGCAGAGAAUAUGCGCAAAAAAUUCAUAGUACAAAAGGUGACAAGCAGUUUGGAUGGUGACAUAUUGUCGAGUGAAACGAUUGAUGGUAGUAGAAUGGAAAUUGGAUGCAGCAAGGCUGGGUUUGUACAAAAUGGUGAACGUCUCGUUAUGAUAGGGUUCAUUGAUUUUGCAGGAUUGGAUGCGGCAGUCUUGCAUCCGCAGUCAAAUUUGUCAAAGUCUGCGGACCUCAAUGCGGAUUUGGCGAUGAAAAAAUUAAAAGUGAAGCAGGCAUUAUCCAGGUUUGACUUGAAAUCAUUCAAAAGUGAGUCAUCUUUGGCAUCAUUCGACGCCAAUGAGAGAAAAGUGCCAAAAAAUCGAAUCAUUCCGUCGCCUAUUAAGAAAUCGCAAAUACCACGAUCUGCUGUUUGCCGGCUUGCUAUAUCACGAUUAACGUAA